AUGGCUCAUGUGCUGCAGGCUGCAUCGAUGGAUACUCUGGAGAUAGAUGUGAGUAGUAGUAGUAGUAGUAGUAGUAGUAGUAGUAGUAGUAGUAGUAGUAGUAGUAGUAGUAGUAGUAGUAGUAGUAGUAGUAGUAGUAGUAGUAGUAGUAGUAGUAGUAGUAGUAGUAGUAGUAGUAGUAGUAGUAGUAGUAGUAGUAGUAGUAGUAGUAGUAGUAGUAGUAGUAGUAGUAGUAGUAGUAGUAGUAGUAGUAGUAGUAGUAGUAGUAGUAGUAGUAGUAGUAGUAGUAGUAGUAGUAGUAGUAGUAGUAGUAGUAGUAGUAGUAGUAGUAGUAGUAGUAGUAGUAGUAGUAUAGCGUAUAGUAGUAGUAGUAGUAGUAGUAGUAGUAGUAGUAGUAGUAGUAGUAGUAGUAGUAGUAGUAGUAGUAGUAGUAGUAGUAGUAGUAGUAGUAGUAGUAGUAGUAGUAGUAGUAGUAGUAGUAGUAGUAGUAGUAGUAGUAGUAGUAGUAGUAGUAGUAGUAGUAGUAGUAGUAGUAGUAGUAGUAGUAGUAGUAGUAGUAGUAGUAGUAGUAGAAGUAGUAGUAGUAGUAGUAGUAGUAGUAGUAGUAGUAGUAGUAGUAGUAGUAGUAGUAGUAGUAGUAGUAGUAGUAGUAGUAGUAGUAGUAGUAGUAGUAGUAGUAGUAGUAGUAGUAGUAGUAGUAGUAGUAGUAGUAGUAGUAGUAGUAGUAGUAGUAGUAGUAGUAGUAGUAGUAGUAGUAGUAGUAGUAGUAGUAGUAGUAGUAGUAGUAGUAGUAGUAGUAGUAGUAGUAGUAGUAGUAGUAGUAGUAGUAGUAGUAGUAGUAGUAGUAGUAGUAGUAGUAGUAGUAGUAGUAGUAGUAGUAGUAGUAGUAGUAGUAGUAGUAGUAGUAGUAGUAGUAGUAGUAGUAGUAGUAGUAGUAGUAGUAGUAGUAGUAGUAGUAGUAGUAGUAGUAGUAGUAGUAGUAGUAGUAGUAGUAGUAGUAGUAGUAGUAGUAGUAGUAGUAGUAGUAGUAGUAGUAGUAGUAGUAGUAGUAGUAGUAGUAGUAGUAGUAGUAGUAGUAGUAGUAGUAGUAGUAGUAGUAGUAGUAGUAGUAGUAGUAGUAGUAGUAGUAGUAGUAGUAGUAGUAGUAGUAGUAGGUAGUAGUAGUAGUAGUAGUAGUAGUAGUAGUAGUAGUAGUAGUAGUAGUAGUAGUAGUAGUAGU